GUCACUCAGAGUCUCCUUUCAGCCGCGGUAAAACUGGGUCUGCUGACAAGAUGUGAGGGACACCUCUUGUGCUGCACGGACCAGACCCAAAGCUCUCUGGAAAAAGAAAAGAGGAAUUAGCAAGUCUCUCUAGGGCUGACUUCAGAAUGCACUUUUGUUUUCUCAGUUGACUUAUUUGGGGGAACAAACGCUGUGGGCUUACCCUCCCAGUCACCGCCUUCUGCGAGGCCAGCCAUCCCCAAAUGUCCCCACGAUGAAGAAAGGAGAGGGUACACUCGCCCCUCAAGGAUGCUGACUCGGUCCUGAGAAGCAGGAGCACUUCACACAAGAAAGGGCCAUCUCCAAGGGAACAGGGCUGCUUCCAUCGGCCCUUUCUCACAGACGGCUGGAGUCUCCAACCUCAGCUUCAGCACUCUGCCUGACAUACAGCAGAACACAGAUGCUGUUGAGAGACUUCCUCACUUGGCCACCCUUUCAACUAUUGGCAGUGCAAGUCUAGUCAGAGCAGUUCUGGGGCAGGCGAAGCAAAACCUGGACCCAGGGGGCUUGGCUUCCAUGUUUUAUAGACUAUCAGAGUGGCAAUGGCUCAGUGAUCGUCUGACUCCUUGCCCACGGGAGAAUAUGAAAGUGUUACUCAGGCUUGUUUGUUUCAUAGCUGUACUGAUUUCUUCUCUGGAAGCCGACAUAUGCGAGGAACGUGCAGAACGAAUAAUUUUAGUUUCAGCUGCAUAUGAAAUUGAUGUUCGUUCAUGUCUUCUUAACCCAAAUGAAAAGAAAGGCCCUAUAAUUUGGUAUAAAAAUGACAGCAAGACACCUAUAUCUGUGGAAGCAGACUCCAGGAUUCAUCAGCACGAAGAUAAACUUUGGUUUGUUCCUGCUAAGGUGGAGGAUUCAGGACAUUACUAUUGCGCCGUAAGGAAUUCAACUUACUGCCUCAAAAUUAAAAUAACUAUUAAGUUUGUACAGCAUGAACCUAACUUGUGUUACAACACAGAAGCUAUAUUUACACAGAGACUACCUGUUGCAGCAGAUGGACAGCUUGUGUGUCCUUACAUGGAGUUUUUUAAAGAUGAAAAAAAUGAGUUACCCAAAAUAGAGUGGCAUAAGGAUUGCAAACCUCUACUUCUUGACAAUAUAAACUUUAUUGGAGUGACAGAUAGACUCAUCAUAGCAAAUGUGACUGCAGCACAUAAUGGGAAAUAUACUUGUGGAACAUUCUACACGUACUUGGGAAAGCAAUACCGUAUUACCCGGGUUAUAGAACUGAUGACUAUAGAAGAAUACAAGCCCGUGAGGCCUGUAAUUGUGAGUCCAGCUAAUGAGACAGUGGAAGCAGGUCUGGGAUCCAAGCUACAACUGAUCUGCAAUGUCAGUGGCCACAUUAGUGACUAUGUCUACUGGAAGUGGAACGGGUCAUCAAUUCAGGAUGAGGACUCCGUGCUGGCAGAGGAAUAUGUACCAGUGGAAAAUCCUUCAAAUAGAAGAAGGAAUACAAUCAUCACCAUUCUUAAUAUUUCAGAAGUGGAAAGUAGAUUUUAUCUAUAUCCAUUUACCUGUGUAGCCAAGAAUACAGACGGUAUAAAUUCAGCAUAUAUCCAAUUAAUACAUCCAGUGCCUGAUUUCAAGAAGCACACAAUUGGUGUAUUUGUCAUGCUAACAGUAAUAAUUACAUGCUCUGUUUUCAUCUACAAAAUCUUCAAGGUUGACAUUGUGCUUUGGUACAGGGAUUCUUGCUAUGAUUUUCUCCCCAGAAAAGAUUCAGAUGGAAAGACCUAUGAUGCAUACAUACUAUAUCCAAAGACCCUUGGGGAAGGGUCCACCUCUAACUCAGAUAUUUUUGUGUUUAAAGUCUUGCCUGAGGUCUUGGAAGAACGGUGUGGAUAUAAACUGUUCAUUUAUGGAAGGGAUGCCUAUGUUGGGGAAGACAUUGUUGAGGUCACUAAUGAAAACAUAAGGAAAAGCAGAAGACUGAUUAUCAUUUUGGUCCCAGAAGCAUCAGGAUUGGGCUGCCUGGGGAAUUCAUCUGAAGAGCAGAUAGCAAUGUACAAUGCUUUCGUUCAGGAUGGAAUUAAAGUUGUCCUGCUCGAACUGGAGAAAAUCCAAGACUAUGAGAAAAUGCCAGAAACCAUUAAAUUCAUUAAGCAGAAACAUGGGGCCAUACGCUGGUCAGGGGACUUUAGAGAGGGAUCGCGGUCUGCAAAGACAAAGUUCUGGAAGAACGUCAGAUACCACAUGCCAGUCCAGCGGCAGCCCCCUUCAUCCAAACCCCAGUUUCUGUCCUUGGCCUCAGGCCAGACUCUUAAGAAAACGCUGCAGAGGGAGGUGCAGGUGCCUCUCGGGUAGCAGGGAGAAGCUUGGCCCAGAGUUCCUUGGGUGACUCCUGUCUUUGGGCGUUGCGGGCUGGGCUGUGCCCCCACUGAAUAUACAGUCAUAAAAUGCACCUGUAGUGUCCCGUAUCCCUGAGGUCAUCUGGAAUCGGAUUGUUAAGGGAGCAAAAUGUGGUGACGAUAGCAGGUCAGAGCAAUUCACAACUGAGGGCUUGGAAAUCCUUUUAGAAGGCAACAGAUGCCCCGUCUGAAUGUUUGCACUGCUGAAAACAGGCACCGGGACCGCGAAUGAGAGGGAAGAACAAGCAGGAAAUAUUUAGCACCUAUAAACGGUUUUAUGAAGUUGUCUACAAUCCAAGGGCGGGGCUGUGGCCCAGUCUGGGGAUUGCCCGGUCCCUGGCCCCCCACUGGCUUUCCUUGGCAGUGCUGCCGGCAAAGUGAGACUGGUGUUUCACAGAGGAGGGUAGAAGUAUUCUUGGAGAAUUUUACAUUUGCUUCCCACUUUCCAUACGCAUUGAGCAGCCAGCUGUCCGUUUCCAAAGACCGAGUUUCAUGUUACAGACCUUUAAAAUUCUCAUUUCGGUGAAAAAAGGGAUCCUGCAGGAUUGCAUGAUUUUGAAAUAACCUUAGCUUUUUGCUGCAGAGAGGAAAUUUCAAAAGCAGGAGUAGCAGAGACCUGAUCCAGCUCUGCAUGCUUACACCCCCUGGAAUGACCAUUCUGUUCUACCUUCCUUUUCUGCGUUCCACUUGACUCAUGGCUUCUUUGGAAGGACAACUUCAAGUCACUUCCUCUUUCCUCUGUGUCACACACCUGGCCCACGGAUUAGCUGUCCAUCAUAAAGUGCUGCUCUAAGCUCUUCCUGCUCUUACUAAAACACCUCUGUGGGGUUUCUCCUGGUUGAGGAGCUAAAGCCCCCAGAUUCCCCCAGUCCAUCGGCACAGCUGUUCCCCUCACUGUCCUGCUCUGUGAGUUCUCAGGUCAGCCUCGUGCAACUUCACACCCGCCCCUAGGGCUCCCUCAUCUCUGCUUCUCCUUCCUGUCUCCUCUGACCAGAAUACCUUCUUGAAUUUUCUCCAGCCGACCAGAGUUUUAUGAAAUUCAAAGUUUAUUCCAACUCUGUUUCUCUAAGAGAUUUCCCCAAGAAACUGCCCUAAGACACCAGCUGUCUCCUCUGAGUCUGAUAGCACUUAGUCUGUUGGCUGUCACUUUAUGAGAAGGCUGUUCUGCCUCGAACCAGAAACCCUGCUCCAUGCCGGGGAGCCGGGGGGUGUGUCUCUCCUUGUCCGGGUGACUUCACAAGUAAUUUGCCCACUUGACAUAGAUUUGGGUAGGGCUUUCUUGUUGAAAAAUGUCCACAGAUUAUCAUAUUUAAGUUUUGCAAUCAUCCUAAUUUUAUAGAGAAAGCAAGUGACCUAUUUUUUAAAAGUUAUGUUCUUAGUCCUCUCAGACCUAGGGCUCACAACAGUGUUGCUGCCUUCGAAUGUAAUGUCUUGAACACUUGACUUCAGGUCAAUAAAUGUCCCCCUUCAGUCCUACCCCUGGCACUUUUGUGAGAAGAAAUGGUUGUUUUCUAGGAUGGUGGCUGAGUCUAGGAAGGCUUUCAUUUAAGAAACCAAAUUCUAAACUUUUGAGUGUUGGAAUUUACAAAAAUUAUGGUUAGGUUUUCUGAAAAACAUUUCUGCUUUCAUAUAUUCUUUCCCAAAAGGUAAUUAUUUCUUAGUCAAUUAAAAAUGAAAGCAAGUUGGUUUUUUGGUAUAGGAAAGUAUUUUUUGAAACUUGAUGAUAGUCAACCCUGGAAACCCCGGAAAACUGCAAAGCCAAGUUCAUGUGCUAGUUGCCCCAUUUUUUUUUUUUACAUUUUUAAUGUUUAAUAAUAUGGGUGAACACAGACUUAUACAGUAUAUAUUGCACCCCUCCCCGCCAAAGUGAUCAGAGCCAAACAAAAACAGAGUUGAAUGCCCUGCCUGUUCUCCUUCCACCUGCUUUCUCUUGGAUCCGAUCUGGCAGCGUUGAGUAUUUGCACUGUUUUGGAACUGCUGGGUUUUUUUGUUUUUGUUUUUUUUUAAGUGCCUUAUUUUUAUUUGGCAGCACACACAGGGCUGGGGUGUGGGGCUGUCAUGACCAAAAGGCCUAUCAGAUGCUUGCUGAUGAUUUUUAGUCUGUCAUCUAUAAAAUACACUUGUGUGUGUAGUGCCAAGAAAGCCAAUUCUGAAACUUAGACUUACAGCAAAGUUGGCCAGAAAGUAAAGAGCGGGGAGAAAAACCAGGAAUUGCCAGUGGCAUUGCAUCUGGAAUUUAGGGAGGGACAAGAGUCAAGGGAUGUGCCCGGAGCCAGGAGGAGCCCCGACAGGAAAGUGCAUGUCACUGUGUCACUCCCAUUUCCCAGUGGAGGAUUCUGGAGGAAGGAGCUAUACUCCUAGUUCUUUGGGCACUUCCUUUGUUUUAUUGUUUUCCCUGAAAACCUCUUUUAAGCUCUUUCUUUCAGGCCUUCCCCAUUGAUUAGAUUUCACUGCAUUAUCUGAUGGUGAUAUUUUUUUGGUCAGCCUAAGUGUUUGGAGGAAAGUUUGCCAACAAAGCCUUUCGCUUCCAGUUGUGAAAACUGGCUUAGCAGAAUUUGUAUUUUCCUUCUCCUACCCCUCUUUGUGUAUUUGUGAUAGAAGAAAAGGUAUUGAGCCAUUUUUUUUCCAGUGGUGUUUUUGAUAAAUUAUAUUUUUACUGGUUAAUGAUGAAGGGUUUUUAGAAACUUGUUUGUACAAUUGUGAGCAGAUACCAAGUAUUUUUAUAUAGUAAAACUCCAGAUCCAUGUACAGCAUAUAUCACUGGUCGAUGGACUGAACUUAUUUUCCAAUAAAAUUGGCAAAACCUGG